GGCACAGCGGAGCAGGGGAGCAUCAUGGAGCAGUACAACCCCAGCCUGCGGAACUUCAUCGCCAUGGGGAAGAACUACGAGAAGGCCCUGGCAGGUGUGACGUACGCCGCCAAAGGCUACUUUGACGCCCUGGUGAAGAUGGGAGAGCUGGCCAGUGAGAGCCAAGGCUCCAAGGAGCUCGGAGACGUCCUGUUCCAGAUGGCUGAGGUCCACAGGCAGAUCCAGAGCCAGCUGGAGGAGACGCUGAAGUCCUUCCACAACGAGCUGCUCACACAGCUGGAACAGAAGGUGGAGCUGGACUCUCGGUACCUGAGUGCCGCGCUGAAGAAGUACCAGACGGAGCAGCGGAGCAGAGGGGAUGCGCUGGACAAGUGUCAGGGCGAGCUGAAGAAGCUGCGGAAAAAGAGCCAGGGCAGCAAGAAUCCGCAGAAGUACUCAGACAAGGAGCUGCAGUACAUUGACGCCAUCAGCAACAAGCAGGGCGAGCUGGAGAGCUACGUGUCCGACGGAUACAAGAUGGCUCUGACCGAGGAGCGCCGGCGCUUCUGCUUCCUGGUGGAGAAGCAGUGUGCCGUGGCCAAGCACUCGGCCGCCUACCACUCCAAGGGCAAGGAGCUGCUGGCCCAGAAGCUGCCGCUGUGGCAGCAGGCCUGCGCGGACCCCAACAAGAUCCCGGACCGCGCCGUGCAGCUGAUGCAGCAGCUGGCCAGCGGCAACGGCGCCAUCCUGCCGGGCACCCUGUCAACCUCCAAGUCCAACCUGGUCAUCUCGGACCCCAUCCCGGGGGCCAAGCCACUGCCCGUGCCCCCGGAGCUGGCCCCUUUCGUGGGGCGGAUGUCUGGCCAGGAUGGCGCGCCUGUUGUGAACGGUGUCUCGGGCCCGGACAGUGAGGACUACGACCCCUGGUCUGACCGCAAGGCCACCAAGUCCCUGUCCCCGCCGCAAACUCAGAGCAAGCUGAGUGACUCCUAUUCCAACACCCUGCCCGUGCGCAAGAGCGUGACCCCGAAGAACAGCUACGCCGCCACUGAGAACAAGACGCUGCCGCGCUCGAGCUCUAUGGCCGCCGGGCUGGAGCGCAACGGCCGCCUGCGGGUGAAGGCCAUCUUCUCCCACGCCGCCGGCGACAACAGCACCCUGCUCAGCUUCAAGGAGGGCGACCUCAUCACCCUGCUGGUGCCUGAGGCCCGUGAUGGCUGGCACUACGGCGAGAGUGAGAAGACCAAGAUGCGGGGCUGGUUCCCCUUCUCCUACACCCGGGUCCUGGACGGUGACGUCAACGAUAGGUUGCACAUGAGCCUGCAGCAGGGCAAGAGCAGCAGCACCGGCAACCUGCUGGACAAGGAUGACCUGGCCCUGCCGCCGCCGGACUACGGGACGUCCUCCCGCGCCUUCCCGACCCAGCCGGCCAGCACCUUCAAGCAGAGGCCCUACAGCGUGGCCGUGCCCGCCUUCCCCCAGGGUCUGGACGACUAUGGAGCGCGGUCUGUGAGCAGGAACCCCUUCGCCAACGUCCAGCUGAAGCCCACAGUGACCAGUGAUAGAUCUGCCCCCCUGCUCAGCUGAUGGCCAUGCCCUCAGGUGCUGCCCGCCCGCCCACUCGUGCCCACCAUGCACGUCCUGUGCGCACCAUGCCCGCCCCGCCGUGUGCUGCCUCGCUGUGGGCUGGGCUGGACCCCAGCUCUUCCAGGGAGCCGGCACCUUGGCUGUGGGGCGACAGAGCCGAGCAGGGGCUGGACCCCAGCAGAAAGCUGGCCUCCAGGCCAUGAGCAGGAGGCCGUCUGGCCAUUCCUGUCAGAAGAAAGCAGCUCCCCACCCUCCUGCUGUGGGGUCUUAGGGUGUCAAUAAAUCGUCUCCCUGA